CUGUCGAGUUUACGCUGCAGACUGUGAGCUCAGGAGGCGUGUCACCGACUGCUGAAUGAUACCUGGGUUUCGCCCCGAGGCCACUUAUAAACCCAGCACACCUUUGCUAUCGGCUGAUUGGCCCACGUGAUGCGUCUUCUAAGUGCUUUUAAUAGCACCUUUCACCUCGGAUGAGCCACAGUGAACCGAGGACGUGUACGUGGAGCUUUGUGACAUGGGGAGAGUCUGAGAACUGACAGUCUGCACAGCCUUCUGUAAAGCUUACUCAACAUCACUGAGACACUGAGCGAGUAACCAUGAGUUUGUCCGGCACCAGCACUGAGUCGGAGUUUUCCGAGGACGAGCAGGAGGGCUGUGCAUCAGGCUUGGAGGUUUCAGACAGUCCCAGUGAAGAUCCUUUGAAUAAACUGUCAGCUGCCUCAGAAAGUGAUCUCACGGAGGUCAGCGUUGCUAAGAAGCGAAGGCGGCCGGCUCGUUCCAAAGCCCGCAGGGUUGCUGCGAAUGUCCGAGAACGCAAGCGCAUCCUGGACUACAACCAAGCCUUCAAUGCAUUACGCGUGGUGCUCAAACACGACCUCAAUGGCAAACGUCUGUCUAAGAUAGCAACUCUGCGCCGGGCCAUCCAUCGCAUCUCAGCGCUGUCUGCGCUCUUACAGUCAAACUCACAAGACGAACCGGACACACCAUCAUGCAUCCAUCCUGAGUGCCACGUGAGGCUGGAUGACACCCGACGUGAGGAACCGUCGGAGAACUGGGCAGACCCCCAGCACCAAGCAGAGCUCCACAGAACCCCUCAGCAUGCUACACUGUUAUCUGGAGCUCUCGGAUCACCGUCUCCUCCUUACAGCAACUUCUCUCCUGCAAACAUUUACUCCGCAGAGGGUCUGAACUAUCCCUGCUAUAGCCAAGACCCUGAAUUUCAGUUCGGCUUUAAGCGCAUGGAAGUGUUUUCAGAUGCUCCGGCCACGCCUUUCCCCUGGCAGUGGCAGUGCUCGGGAUUCCAGCAGUCUCUAAGUAUGCACUGAUAACCUGGGACACACUACACACACUGACUGUGCACUUAUUACAUGAAUUCUUUUGUAUUAGUUUGUGUUUGUGGAGAACUAAUUGAGUAUCGAGGAAUAAAAUGUACUGUAUAUUACA